AUGUACCGCUCCACUAAGGGCGCCUCCAAGGCGCGCCGCGACCAGAUCAACGCCGAGAUCCGGAACCUCAAGGAGCUGCUGCCGCUGGCCGAGGCGGACAAGGUCCGGCUGUCCUACCUGCACAUCAUGAGUCUCGCCUGCAUCUACACUCGCAAGGGCGUCUUCUUCGCCGGAGGUGCUCCUCUGGAGGGCCCCACAGGCCUUCUCUCAACUCAAGAGCUUGAAGACAUAGUGGCCGCGCUCCCUGGCUUUCUGCUUGUGUUCACAGCCGAGGGGAAGCUGCUGUAUCUGUCUGAGAGUGUGAGCGAGCACCUGGGCCACUCCAUGGUGGACCUGGUUGCCCAGGGUGACAGCAUCUACGACAUCAUCGACCCAGCUGACCACCUAACUGUGCGCCAGCAACUCGCCCUGCCCUCUGCCCUAGACACUGAUCGCCUCUUCCGCUGUCGCUUCAACACCUCCAAGUCCCUGAGGCGCCAGAGUGCAGGCAACAAACUGGUGCUUAUUCGAGGCCGAUUCCACGCUCAUCCACCUGGAGCCUACUGGGCAGGAAACCCUGUGUUCACAGCCUUCUGCGCUCCCCUGGAGCCGAGACCCCGCCUUGGCCCUGCUUCACUCUUCUUAGCCAUGUUCCAGAGCCGUCAUGCUAAGGACCUGACCCUACUGGACAUCUCUGAGAGUGUCCUAAUCUACCUGGGCUUUGAGCGCAGCGAGCUGCUCUGUAAAUCAUGGUAUGGACUGCUGCACCCCGAGGACCUGGGCCACGCUUCUGUUCAACACUUCCGCCUAUUGGCCGGGAGUGGAGAUAUUCAGGCAGAGAUGGUAGUGAGACUACAGGCCAAGCCUGGAGGCUGGGCAUGGGUUUAUUGCCUGUUAUACUCAGAAGGUCCAGACGGCCCCAUUACUGCCAAUAACUACCCAAUCAGUAACACAGAGGCCUGGAGCCUCCGCCAGCAGCUGAACUCUGAAGACACUCAGGCAACCUAUGUCCUGGGGACCCCAACCCUCCUGCCCUCGUUCUCUGAGAACAUCCGUUCCCGGGAGCAGGGCUUCAGCCGGAACCCACGCUUUACCCCGGCCCUAGGGGCCCCUCGGAGCACCCGCUUCCCCACUGCUCCUGAGAUGGGUGCUGUCUCCACACCAGAAGAGCUUCCCGGGCCUCCCAAAGGGCGGGGCUUCCGCUGCCUGACAUUUCCACCUCGCCCCGAGCCUUCUCUCCACGCCGACCUGAGCAAGGACCUCGUGUGCACCCCGCCCUACACGCCACACCAGCCAGGAGGCUGUGCCUUCCUCUUCAGCCUCCACGAGCCCUUCCAGGCCCACCUGUCCACUCCAUCCAGCUCUCUCCCAGGACAGCUGACCCCAAGCGCCGUGACCUUCUCUGAUCAAUUGACACCCAGCAGUGCGACCUUCUCAGAUCCACUGACUAGCAAACUGCAAGGCCAGCUGACCGAAGCCUCGGCCAGGAGCUUUGAAGAGCAGUUGACUCCCUGCACUUCCAACUUCCCAGACCAGCUGUUUCCCGGUGCUGCUGCCUUCCCCGAGCCUCUGGGCAGCCCUGCCCGUGAGCAGCUGACUCCUCCCAGCACAGCAUUCCAAGCACAUCUGAACAGCCCCAGCCAAACUUUCCCAGAGCAACUGAGUCCCAGUCCCACCAAGACUUACUUCGCCCAGGAGGGAUGCAGUUUUCUCUAUGAGAAGUUGCCUCCGAGUCCCAGUAGCCCUGGUAAUGGGGACUGCACACUCCUGGCCCUCGCCCAGCUCCGGGGCUCCCUCUCUGUGGACCUCCCCCUGGUGCCCGAAGGCCUGCUUACACCUGAGGCCUCUCCAGUCAAACAGAGUUUCUUCCACUACUCCGAGAAGGAGCAGAACGAGAUAGACCGUCUCAUCCAGCAGAUCAGCCAGUUGGCUCAGGGCAUGGACAGGCCCUUCUCGGCUGAUGCUUGCGCAGGUGGGCUGGAGCCACUUGGGGGGCUGGAGCCCCUGGACUCCAACCUGUCCCUGUCUGGCCCUCCUGUGCUCAGCCUAGACCUGAAACCCUGGAAAUGCCAGGAGCUGGACUUCCUGGCUGACCCUGACAACAUCUUCCUGGAAGAGGUGCCCGUGGAAGACAUCUUCAUGGAUCUCUCUACCCCAGACCCCAGUGGGGAAUGGGGCUCAGAGGAUCCCGGGGCAGCGGUCCCAGGAGGGGCCCUGUCGCCUUGCAACAACCUGUCCCCAGAAGACCAUAGCUUCCUGGAGGACCUGGCCACAUAUGAAACCGCCUUUGAGACAGGUGUCUCAGCAUUCCCCUACGAUGGGUUUACUGAUGAGUUGCAUCAACUCCAGAGCCAAGUUCAAGACAGCUUCCAUGAAGAUGGAAGUGGAGGGGAACCAACGUUUUGA